UUAACGGAGGAGUAUCCUCUUGUGCCAUAGAGUGUGGUGGACAAAAUUUUUGGAGAUGCGCUGAAUGUAACGAGCGGUGGUUAUUGGUUGACAGCAGUAAGGCAUGAAAUUUUGAGAAACUGGAAUUCUGGAAAGCGAGGCUCAAACGAGCAUGUGUACGGGUUCGGACCCGAGGCCGGAGGGGAGUCAGAACGGUUGGGAUAGGGCCCAGGGAAUGGUUCUGAAGACGCUGGCUUUGAUCGGCGGGGCACUUCUGAUAAGGCGGUUCACCAAGUCAACCACCCGUUGGGAUCACUCCCGGAUUGUCGCUCAGUCCCUCAGCGGCGAAAAGUUUUCUAAAGAGCAAGCUGCUAGAGACCCAGAUAGUUACUUCAAUUUGAGAUGGCUUUCGUGCUCAGCAGCUGACAUGGUAGAUGGCUCAAAGGUUUUAUAUAUGGAGCAGGCAUUCCAGAGAACACCUCACAAGCCUUUUCGUCAGAGAUUCUUUCUGGUCAAACCUUGUCCGAAGGAGAUGAAAUGUGAUGUUGAGGUUAACACAUAUGCCAUCAGAGAUGCAGAGGAGUACAAAAACUUCUGUGAUCGCCCUAAGGACCAACGACCACAGCCUGAAGAAGUUAUUGGGGUAUAGAACAACAAUUGUAUAAGAAUUGUAAGAAAACAAUAGAACUAGAGCUCAAGCAUCAUUCACAUUCACCAAUGGAGGAAUACAGUGUACGAAGUCCAAAGAAAAGAGAAAACAAGUCUCUAAUCUUCCCAGUACCAGUCCAGAGAUCUCACAGCCUACCUGUCCUUCUUCCUCCUUAUUCUAUUUAUAGGAAGGUCCUGUCCAAAUAAGGCUUGAUAAGGAGUAUUCUUGAGAGAGAUGUGGUAAUUUGUAUUGUACCAAAACUCACCCCAAGGUACUGUUAAAAGUUGCAGGACAUUGCUGAACAUUUGACUACCAUUCAUCUUAGGCGUUGUGAACGUGGAAAACGGUGCUUAUAUGAAGGAUCAACACCUGCUAAUGGAUUUCCUAAUACAUGGAAUGGCGCAUCGUAUUGUACGGCAGAGCUCGCACUACUCAAGAAUAAUGAGAUACAUUCUUGGGAUAGAGGUUAUGAUGAGAGUGGAAAUCAGGUCUGGGGUGUGAAGGAAGGACCAUACGAAUUCAAACCAGCAGUAGCUUCUAACUCUGGUGACCUUUCUACUGUGAUGCUUCCCACUUCGGCCUCCAUAGAUAAAAGAAUAGACGGUUCAUUUGUUAUUCAUGAUUGAUUGACAAUGUACGUUGUUCUCUAUAGUGGUCAUGUAAAUUCAAACUCCUCUCAAUGUUUGUCAUUACAUAUUCCAUUUAACUUCAACAAUUUCAAUUCUUUAUAUCAAUCAAAUGCAACAUUCUCACUUGGUUUUUUCUUGCAAUGAAACAACUUUGUACCC